AGCAGAAACUCGCUGUAGACACACACACAUGCGCGAAGUGCUUGCUUGCUCGUAUUGUCUGUUUGCUUUGAUUUUGAGGAGUGGGCUGGUUCACCGUAGGAUGUUUACUGUUUGAAAGCUGUUACUCUGCCGGUUGACAAGAUGCUGAAAUUCAUCACCAAGAAGUCGCAGCAUGUCAGCGCAGAACGUCUGAAGCUUCAAAAAGAGCUUUUCGCAUUUAAUAGGACUGGAUGUCACGGAUUCCCACAUAGUCCAACUGCCUUAGCAUGGGAUCCAACACUCCAGCUCUUUGCCAUAGGGACCAAAACUGGCUCACUUCGAGUCUAUGGGGCUCCUGGAGUUGCAUAUGUCGCAGAACAUGAGGAAAAUGGAGCGGUUGUGGAGCUCCACUUUGUGCCCAAUCAGGGCCGUCUCAUAAGCCUUUGUGAAGACAAUUCAUUGCACCUGUGGGAAAUCAAUAGCACUGAAGACACUUCUGUUCUUCAGCAUGUCCAGCAAUGUGAAGUUGAUGCAAAGCUGCGCAAAAUUUUCACAUGUUGCGUUCAGACCACUGGUGAGCACCUGUACAUCGGUACAGAAUGCGGUAAUAUUCACCUUCUGGAUAUCAAGACCUUUCAAAUGACGGACACCAUCAUCUACCAGGACCUUGUUACGCAAAACGUUCCCGAGGACUACAAGAUAAACCCCGGAGGUGUGGAGGCCAUCGCCAUGCACCCGAAAGACCCGAACAAGAUGGUCAUCGGGUACAGCAGAGGGCUCAUUGUGCUGUGGGACAACGAGACGCUGAAUGCCGAGCAAACAUAUAUUGCCUCGAAGGAUCUGCAUUCCAUAUCAUGGCAUGGUAGCGGGACCAAAUUUAUGAGUGCACAUAAUGACUGCAGCUACAUUGUUUGGGACACCAAGGACUCCGAAACGCCACUGGAUUCUGUUGAGCAAUGUUACGGGCCGUAUCCCUGUAAAGCAAUAACAAAGAUUUUAUGGAAGAAUGUUAAAGGAAGGGACAAUUACAUCAUUUUUUCGGGAGGCAUGCCGAGAGCAAACUAUGGAGACAAGCACACGGUGUCUGUGAAGCACGGGGACAAGUCACGUGUGUUUGAUUUCACUUCAAAGGUCAUCGACUUCUUCACCGUCGAUGACUCCAGUGACGGUUCCGACUAUGCCGAGCCCCAGGCGCUCGUCGUCUUGGCAGAGGAGGAACUGGUCGCCAUAGACCUGGUGACAGAAGGUUGGCCAGCCUAUGCACUGCCCUGCUUAUCCAGCCUCCACGCUUCUGCCAUUACAUGCUCAAACCAUUUCUCCAACGUAUCUCAAAAUGUGUGGGAGCAACUCCUGCAAUAUGGGCAAAAGCAGGUCGAAGCUUGCUCAUCCCGGCCGUGGCCAGUGACUGGUGGGAAGUCGACGUCGGAGGAAAGAAAACAGCACGACCUUCUCGUGACCGGCCAUGAGGACGGCUCAGUGCGCUUUUGGGAUACCUCUGGCUCUACCCUUAGACAACUCUACAUCCUUCGCACUGCUCACCUUUUCAGUGGGGGUGACGGCAUUUCCACGUGUCAACAGGACGAUGAUGAGGAGUGGCUUCACUUUGCUAAGGUUGGUACGUUUGACCCGUACAGCGAUGACCCUCGCCUGGCUGUAAAGAAAGUGCUGUUCUGUGUCCAAACUGGCCACCUGGCUGUUGCAGGAACUGCAGGCCAGGUGGUUUGCUUUAGUCUUUGUAGCCAAGAAUCUGAAAGUACCCCAGAGGUGGUGCAGCUGAAUUUUGUGGGAGACCGUGACAGCUUUGUGUGGAAGGGCCACGAUCCUCUGCAAGCCAAAACUGAAGCUGUGAAGUGCACAGAAGGCUUCCAAGCAAAUCUUAUCGUCCAGUUGGCCCCACCAGCUGGGGUGACCGCCCUAGCAUUAAAUUCGCAGUGGGGACUGCUGGCAGCAGGAACUGCCCAUGGCUUUGGACUCGUCGACUACACGCAAAAGAAAGUUGUGGCUUCCAAGUGCACGCUCAAUACAAAUGAUUUGGCAGCUUCCGGUGACACAAUGUCGAGGAGAAAAUCGUUUAAGAAGUCCCUGCGGGAGUCCUUCCGUCGCUUGCGUAAGGGACGUUCUCAAAGGGGCCGUAAAGACAAAUCAACGGUGAAGUCGCCCGAAAACAGGAGACCAAGGAGGGGAGAAAACGUCGAGGAGGGCCCAGCGAGCCCCGGGUCGAGGCAGGAGGUGGGCGUAGACCCCGGAUCCCCCGCGGUUGAUGCCAAACCGGUAGAGCGACAGGUGGAAGCCCGCUCGUCGGACGAUGCCCUCUCUUCCAUGGUGCGCUGCCUGAGCCUCACGAGCAGCUUUGUUAUUAGCAGUGUGAAUACUACUCCCACCCUGUGGGUUGGCACAAAUAGUGGUGCUAUCUUUGUGUACACUAUCACGUUUCCGCCGCGGGAUAAGCGGGAAUCCAACCCGGUGCAGUCUGUGCUUGGCAAAGAGAUUCACCUGAAGCACAAGGCUCCGGUAAUAUCUAUCCACAUCAUUGAUGCCCGCGGUUAUCCGGUCUCGGACCCCUUUGAAGCGGAGCCGAAGGGCCUGGAGUACCCACAGAGGGUGCUCAUCUGCUCGGAGGAACAGUUUAAGGUGUUCACACUUCCAAGCCUGAAGCCAUACGGAAAACUGAAGAUAACUGCUCACGAGGGGUCUCGCUUGCGUAAGGUGGCAGUUGGUAGAUUCCCUAGCAGGUCUGACGCGCAGCAUGAGGAGUUUUGCUUGAUGGUGCUCACGAACCAAGGUGACGUCGGUGUGUACAGCCUCCCUGAACUGCGACGCCAGCUAUUAGUGGCGGGUUGCCUCCGCCGCGAAGAUAUCAAUGGCAUCAGUAGCUUGGUGUUUUCGAAGAAUGGCGACGGCUUCCACCUGAACUCUCCGUGUGAACUUGAACGAUUUUCGCUUUCCGCGAAGCACAUCAAUGCUCCAAGGUGCAUCGUGGAACUCCCGGAAGGCGCUCGGCCAGGUCCAGAGGCGGCACCUGAAGUGUCAGUAGCUGUCGAAGAAAAGGCUGAAAAAUCUGAGGCUCCUCUGGAGGACGUGCUUGUAAUAAAGGAGGAAACCACAGCGGUUGAGGCUGCUCCCCGUGAAAUAGAAGCCGUAGUGGAGAAAGCUGUUGAUUGUGUAACAGCCCCUUCUCCUACAAAGGACAUUGAAAUUGAGGACGAUAAGGGAGGUCCGGACUCACCACCAGACAGCGGUAUUGGCAGCAUAGUGAUAACGAAAAACGAGUCCAACUUCACUUCCACCACCACCACAAUUGGAGACCUGAAAUCCCUGGAGUUGGAUGAUCUCCCCGCAAUGGACCAGGAUUCCCUAAACGAGGCAUUCCGAGACUGCAAGAUUGAAGUUGUUCGCGAGAAGCGCACCGUCGUUGUCGUACGAGAAGAGUCGCAAACCAUAGCCAAUGGGACGUCCUCUCCAACAGCAGCAAAUUAAUUUUGGGCCUGGUUACGUUAGCAUCUCAACCCCCAUUACUGUAAUAUCAUCACCCUCGUCCAUUCUUUAUUGUGCAACCAGUUCCUAGCUUUUUCGUGUAAGUCAGCAGGAACCAACCGCAUUUUUGCUACACAAGCACACACAAGCCAAUGCAUUUAUAUGCACUUUCAAAGUGUUUGGCUACAUGAAACAUGAAAACUUUUGUGCAGCUUCUCGUGUGUGGGCCACUGGGAGCGGGAGUCGCGAGUUAUGUGGUCCAGACUUUUGUGUUGAUGCUUCUGUGAACCCUCCUGUUGCAAAGGUGCAGCUGUUUUGUUGGUGGGCAUCCCAGGGUUCACAGUUUCCCAGUUAAGAAAAUGCAGUAUAUCCGGACAUCUCUUUGUGGCCGUGCAUCUUGAAACCAGUCUUCAAGUUCCACACGCACGAUCUUUAUAUCUUAUCCCGUGGGUGCGAGAGCGUUUUUUACCUGCAGUUUUUAAUCCCGCUCCAGCGAGAGAUCGUUUUUUUUUUUUUCGAUCUCCCGCGGACUGCUUGUGAGGAAUAGGAUGGUGAUGGGUGUUUAGUGUGAUUACACUGAGCGUCUCUUCUAUAUUUUUACAUGAAUAUCAAAGCGAUUUUAUUGGGAUGAUUUGGAAAUAAAAUUUUUGAAAAGUUAC